AUGGUUGUCAGGAAGAGAUUGUUCAAACUUUUCACUCUACUUGCAGCGAUUUGUGCAAUCUUUAUGAUCUACAGAAUUUCCACUGCGGAUAAAUGGAAGUUGGUCUCUGAGAGACCGUGUAAGUGGCCGCCUUCAGCUGUCGAAGACAUCUUGGUGAAUGGGACUUAUAAUAUCACCAUCUGUGCAAAAUUGAGCAUUGACGCCAUUCAAGAUGAUCAGCCGAAGAGAUACCUCCUAAGCGAUCUAUUCAAUGUGCAUGAUAAAGAUGAAACGGUUACCUUUGAAAGUCUCCCCAAGUUGUCAAAGAAAAUUUGGAAGAAAGUAAAAUAUCCAAGAAUUUAUGACACCUAUCCACAAGACGUCCCAAUGGAAGAGAUUGUAUAUAACAUCAAAGCCGGAAAAACAGUUUCUCACCUGCCUGCUUAUAAUUUCCCGAUAAAAAUCCUCGAAACAAGUAAAUCGGUCUGUGCAGAAGGCACCGAGCACGAUCUUGUGAUAGUUGUCAAAAAUGCCGUCUAUAAUUCCAAAAUUCGAAAUGAAUUCCGCGAUUUCAUGAGGAAUCAGGCUCUUAUGUAUCCAGACAUCAGAGUGGGCUACGUUUUCAGUGUCGGACUGCCAAGAUCUCAUGGUGGACGACACUUCAUUCGCGAUGGACAUCUCGUGAGCUUAGGUGGGUCUGGGGGCGAAAUGCUUGAAAUCUACGAUGGUAAGCGGAAUUUAAUCAUGGAGACCAUUAAAAAUGAGAUUGAAUUGUACGAUGACAUCAUCCUUGGUGACUAUGAGGACACCUAUUUCAACCUCACUUGGAAGACAGUAACAAACCUACGUUGGCUUUCGGCUUUCUGCAAUAAGACUCAAGGCGAUUUCUUCAUGGUUCUCGAUGACGAUCAUCGAGUGAAUAUAUCCGCGAUCCAUGAGUUCAUGCAAUCAACGCCAAGAUCCGAUCUGCGAAACUUUCUUCACGGAAAAAUCAGCUAUAGAGAUAAGGCCUCGCGAUCACCUACAUCCAAGUUUUUUAUGUCAACCAAUGAGGUUCCGUGGAGUAGGAUGGCGCCCUAUCCGAGAGGAAUGUCUCAACUGAUUGGAGCUGAUAUUGUAGAUGAUAUGGCAAUAGCAUCGGCUUAUACGCGAUAUGAUUUCUUGAAUGAGGACGUAUUUCUUGGUUUGGUGGCUAGGAAGCUUGGAAUCACUCUCAAAAGCUUGGAUACUUUGUACGAACAUUCCGAUUACCUUCGGCAUCUCCAUGACACUAAACACCCUUUGGUUGCUCUAAAGCCUUAUUUUUCCAAAUCCUAA